GGCUACCUGUGAGCGGCCGCCGGUUCCGGAGGAGGGCCGGACCCGGCUGGUUGGGUCGGUGGGUGGGGAGUGAGGCUGGUAACCUGCCAGCCGCUGAGAGGUGGGCGAUGGGCCUUGGCUGGUUUCGAGUGGCAGGCGCAGUUAGACUUCUGUGCAUCUCCAAGGCGCCCCGGAAAAGCUGCGGAGUCGCCUCCCGACCCUGGCUCUCCCAUCCUCUUUCGCGCUUUCCUUCCAACCUGCCUGGUCUUUCCUACUUCCUAGCUCUCAGCCUUACGAUUUGGAUUUCUUAGGCGGUUCUCCGUUGAAACAACAGGCGUUAAAUGAGCCACCAGGAUUGAACUCCCAAUAACCCUCAAACAAGAACAAGCCUGUCUCAGCCCUACGUUGAUGGAGAAAAACCCAGAAUUAUAGAGAGAAGAUUAUAAAUGCCAGAGCCAUUUAAUUUGAAUUCUGACACUUCCUUAAAUACCUUCCUACACCAACAGCUUAACUGGGAGGAGUUCAGAAAAAGUAGUAGAGAGAAGGAGAGACAACAUUCACGUUCACCAUGGCUAUACCAAUAACAGUGCUUGACUGUGAUCUCUUGCUGUAUGGCCGAGGUCACCGGACAUUGGAUCGCUUUAAGCUGGAUGAUGUGACUGAUGAAUACUUGAUGUCUAUGUAUGGGUUUCCUCGACAGUUCAUUUAUUACUUGGUGGAGCUCUUGGGGGCAAGUCUUUCUAGACCUACUCAACGAUCCAGGGCUAUUAGCCCAGAGACACAGAUCCUUGCAGCUUUGGGCUUCUAUACCUCAGGUUCCUUCCAGACUCGGAUAGGAGAUGCUAUUGGAAUCAGUCAGGCAUCUAUGAGUCGUUGUGUUGCUAAUGUCACUGAAGCGCUUGUGGAAAGGGCCUCACAAUUCAUUCACUUUCCGGCUGAUGAAGCCUCCAUGCAGGCUCUGAAGGAUGAAUUCUAUGGGUUGGCAGGGAUGCCAGGAGUGAUAGGGGUGGUUGACUGCAUCCAUGUGGCAAUCAAGGCACCAAAUGCGGAAGACCUUUCCUAUGUGAACCGCAAAGGUCUGCAUUCUUUAAACUGCCUGAUGGUGUGUGACAUCAGAGGGGCAGUAAUGACCGUGGAAACAAACUGGCCAGGCAGCCUACAGGACUAUGCUGUGCUGCAGCAGUCUUCUCUCAGUAGUCAGUUUGAAGCUGGGAUGCACAAAGAUAGCUGGCUGCUUGGUGACAGUUCCUUCUUUCUCUGCACCUGGCUCAUGACCCCACUUCAGAUUCCUGAAACUCCAGCCGAAUAUCGGUAUAAUGUGGCCCAUUCUGCCACUCAUAGUGUGAUUGAGAAGACUUUCCAAACCCUCUGCUCCCGAUUCCGCUGCCUGGAUGGAUCUAAGGGGGCACUGCAGUACUCACCAGAGAAGUCCAGCCACAUCAUUUUGGCUUGUUGUGUUCUCCACAACAUCUCCCUGGAGCAUGGGAUGGAUGUUUGGUCCUCUUCAACAAUUGGAUCCAUGGAACAGCCCCCUGAGGAAGAGUAUGAGCAUAUGGAGUCCCUGGACUUAGAGGCUGACCGUAUCCGUCAGGAGCUGAUGCUCACUCAUUUUAGCUAAUGUGUAAGGUGGGAGGAAGGAGACUUUCUAGAAGGAGUUGUGACAAGCUUUCAUCCUUACCACCCCCGACACCGUUCCAUCAUCUAGCAUGACUGAGUGUGGGGACACUUGUCAUAAAUUGACAUUUAAUGUGUAUGUUGUAGGAGGAUUUGGGCUAUACCAGAAUAACUUGAUUCAUUUGCAAAUUUAUUAACUAAACUAAAAGUAAGACAACAGUUUUCUACUGUCCAGUUAACCCCAGGUUGAGUACCAUUCAUUUAAAAUCUCCCUGGUUGCACACAUCUAUGAUUGUACCUAUAAAAUCAAAGUAAAGGGGAAAAUAUAGUCCAAACAUUUUCUUUAAUUUCAAUUAUCUGGAGAUUUCAAAUGAAAAAAAAAUAUUUGUUUGCCCUGAAUUAUGUAGAUGGUAUUUUAGUUUUUCAACUUUACUGCCUGUGUAGGCAUAAUCUGAGGCAAAUGUGAAGAGCAUAUUUAAGUUGGGGAAUGGUAUUCUGCAUCAGUAAAUGGCUGAGUUUACAGCUUUGUUCUUUUAAGAUGAUGUAAGGGACAGCCUAUAACUUCCAUCUUUAACCUAUCUGCAAUAAUUUGGCUAUUGUUUGGACCAAUUCCUAGGGAAAAUAUCUGGACUCCAAUCUCUUAUUUCCAACCCUAAACAGGAGUUAGAGACUAUAUGGUUUCAAGAACCCAAUGAGUUUAACCCAACUCAAAUACAUAUAAAAUAGCAAAUUUAUACUUCACAGGGAAUCUAAAGACCUUGAUAGAUUGAUGGGCAAAUGAGAUUCAUUGAGCUUUAGACUGCUAAUAUCUAAAUAGAUAUUAUGAUGAUUUAGCAUGUCUGUUCAGCUAUUCUGUUUUGGAAUUCCUAGUAUUAGAAGAAAGAGGGAAUGAAGAAGGUGUGUGAAAGUAAUAAAAAGAACAGGUAAAAGGAAUACAGUUUCUUGGCUUGAAAUGAAUUCUGGAGUUAGACCUACUUGGAUAUCUUGUGCGGAAAGUGAUAGGCAGAAUUUCCUAGGAAAUAAAAAAUUCUUCACCAUGUCUUUUUUUCUAAAAUUAUACUGAUGUAAAAAUAACCUGAUUGGAAUAAUGAAAGUGUGAAUUAGGUUCACACAUUUGUGCCUUUGCUGGGGCAAAAAGACUUUCCUGAGGAUUGUUUUGUUGCCAGUUUCUCAGCCACUCACCAUGUGGUAUCUCUGAACUCUCCUCUUGGAUCAUUUCCUACCUGCCUUUGGCAGUGUUAAUCUGGUGAUUUUCAGAGUAAAGAAAUGAACAGCUGAUGACAGAAGAGAUUUGGAAAUAAAUUGAAGGUGAUUCAUCCCCCAAAUUAAAAACAAUUAUGGAUUAUCUGCUGUUCAUUUCUACUCCAAAUGCUAUUUUCCAUCAUUGUCCUACUCUAUAAAGAGUGAGUUCACUUGGCAGGAGGUUGAGCUUAAUCUGUUCAGUGAUGUCAUUGAGGUGAUGGACAAAUUGGAGAUGUAUGGAAACUUUAUGCAUUGUGCAAUACAGAUGCCCUGUUACAUUUUU